AUGCAGGCUGGUAUUGCAGACCUCGGAGCGACCAUUGAAAAACCCCAGAUGUCAGAACCCGAAGUCUGUCUCCGGUGGAUCUACUACAAUUCGAAGUUGCAGAAAGGUGAUAGUGCAGGUGUGAUUUUGGAGCUCCCUCCGCAUAUCAAGAAUAUCGCCAAUGGGCCUUUGCCAGCUGAGACCCUGAAAGAAAUGUUGACUGCUUUGGAAGAGACUGCGUGGUAG